AUGGCGGCAGAAAAGAAGUACAUUUGUUCAUUUUGCGCCAGAGCGUUCUCUAGGUCGGAACAUAAACAACGACAUGAAAGAUCACACACUAAUGAAAAACCGUUUCACUGCGUACAUUGUACGUCAGCUUUUGUAAGACGAGAUUUAUUGCAGAGACAUUGCAAAACAGUGCACAAUAUUGCGGUUUCGAAAGAACGUCGACAUUCUACAGGAGGAGCGAAUGGAGUGAUUGGGAACGUUAAUAGUAUUGGUACGUCAGGAGGAGUAGGUGGCGGUGGAGCAGGAGGAGUAGGUGGUGGGGGAAUGGGGAAGACCACUAGUAACGGCGGCAGCGACACGAAUAUUGGCGUAGGAAUGGGUGGAGUACCAGUUAAUCGGAUGUCCACCGGGGGUGUGAAUGCAGCAGUGACAAUUGGAGCAAGACAGAAUGCUAUUACCAACCAUGGGCUUCUCUUGUCAAUAGCGCACAAGGUGGGGACAAUAUUAAAGAGCGACGCGGAAUCAGAGAUUUUUGUUGUAGGGUAUACGAUGUUAGCGCAAGAUGAUGCGCCGAUCAUUCCUGAGGUGUUGCAGAAUUUGAGCAAGUUUUUGCAGUUCCACGAAAUCGAUCGCAUUCCCGACUUCAAGCUCUGUUUGAUCUACUCGAUCUUGUCGAUCGGGCAUAUCAAUGUGGGGAACACUGCCCAUUGCAUUGCCAACUUCCAUCAUUCGUGGUCGUUGUUAGUGCAAAAGCUCAUUCCAGACUACAACAACAAUAACACCAACCCCAACGACCAGAUCGAGAUUUUGAAUUCGUUGUUUAUCCUCUCGUAUACGCACUUGAAAUACAACUUGAACCAAUAUAAGUCAAUGGAUGUAACGUGUGACUUGAACUUCAACUACUUGGACGAUAUAAGCUACAUAAUUAUGUCUAACUUGUCAUUAAAUUCGAACAUUAUCAACAAAAAUAUGAACCUAUUCUGGUGCAUCUAUAAUUUGUUAUCGCUCUACCAAAUCAACGAUGGUCCUCCUAAGUUCUACCAGCUAUUCCUUCAGAGACCCAUUCUGGAUUUGAACUUGGUUGAUUUUAUGAAUAAUAUAUCGCAGGCCGAUAUUUCUUCAAAGUUCAUCCAGGAGAUUAUGAUUUCCACCGUGUCUAACGAAUUGAAUUAUUUCAGUCGUACAAGCAAACUAUUCAUUUUCAAGCUGACCAGAGCGUUACACAACUCUAUCAUUCUCAUCCAUAAGAUUAUUCCGGAAACAUCAAACAUCGAGAUCUACGAGAUAUUUAAAAAAAACCUUAUUAUAAAGAGUCCUUCUAAGUUCCACGAUAUAUUGAAGUCCUAUAUUUUCAACCCAACAGAAACAAUCCACUGGAAUCUUUUAUCGGUGCUAUUGAAAGAGUUCAAUCUCAACUCUAUGCAUGCCUUUAAUUUUAAGGCUUUUAUCAAUAACAAUUUGAAUAAUUCGUUGCAAACAUUCUCUAAUGGCAUGCUUCCUUUUUUUGAAAUUGAGAACAAAGACAUUAACAAUAACCUAGGGAUUGUGAGUUUCCCAUUGAUUUUCAAUUUGCGCUUCAUCAAUUUCCAGUCGGUUGAUAUUUUGAAAUUGAAGGGCUUAAAUUUCGAAGAUAGAUUGAAUUUGAAUUAUUUGAUUAUAGAAUGGUACGUAACUUUAGUUAAAUUAUUGAUUAAUUUAUGGAAGAAUAACCAUUUGAUAGAUAAUUGCAUUUUACAAUGCCUAUUAUAUUUGAUCAAUGACAAUAACUCCGAUUUCCAAUUUAAUACUGAUUUUUUCUGGCGUGUGUUCAAGAAACUCAACUAUUACUUUGAAACGUGGUUAUCGUUUAUAAAGAACCAGUAUUUCCUUGUGAAUUUCAAGAGCAACUUACAGAAGUUUGUUUUGAACUACAUACAAUCGUCGCUUAAUUUGAUGUCAAGUAGCAUACACGAAACCCCGUCGGUGGCUCGGCACAACGAUUUCAUGCUUCCCCCUAUUAUGCCUCACAUUAACCCUCCCAGAACUUCUCUAUAG